AUGGCACCUCGUGGACGCGGUCGAGGUCGUGGGAGAGAUCGUACUAGUACUCAGGGACCGGGAACCAAACCAAAUAACCCGGUAAAAUUUAUGACCGCAUUAGAGAAUAUGGCUUCUGCUAUGCAGGCCACUGCGGAGUCUCUUGGGCAACAGAUAAACAAUAAUGGCAAUGGCAAAAGUGGAGCUCAGGGCCCGAUGACACUAGCAACCUUCUUAAAGUUUAAUCCACCUAUGUUCAAGGGAACUAACAAUACGACUAAAGUCGAUACCUGGUUUCAUGUUACGAAGCAAGCACUACAGGCGCAGAUGGUACCUGAAGAGAAGUGUGAUGAGUUUGCUACCUAUCUGCUCACGGGGAAGCAUCGCAUUGAUGGCAAGGAGUCCGACGUUUCCUGCAACAGGUUGAAGCAGGGUGCUAUGUCCGUAUCUGAGUAUACCGACAAGUUUGAGGAGCUAUUCAGGUUUUCCCACAUGUGUCAGGGAGCUCCGAGGGACUUCAAGGAAUGGAAGUGCAUUAAGUAUGAAGGAGGACUCUGGAGCGAUAUCUUUAGUUCAGUGGGACCAAUGGAGAUCAGAACUUUCUCAGAGUUGGUGAAUAAGAGCAAGGUUACUGAAGAGUAUGUGAAAAAGGCAGCUGCAGAGAGAGGGAGCCAUAUGGAACCAUUCCUACAAAACUGA